AUGUCCCAGAACGUUUACAUUGUUGCUGCCACGAGAACCCCAUUGGGAUCUUUCCAAGGGUGUCUGUCGUCGAAGACGGCUGUUGAAUUGGGUACGAUUGCGCUGCAAGGUGCCCUGGAGCGUGUGCCUCAAUUGAACAGGGAGAAGGACUUCGACGAGAUCUACUUUGGGAACGUCAUGUCUGCCAACCUGGGCCAGGCUCCCGCAAGACAGGUUGCCCUGCAGGCCGGUGUUGGUAACCACAUUGUCGACGCUACCGUGAACAAAGUCUGUGCUUCGAGUAUGAAGGCCGUGAUUAUGGGUGCGCAGUCGAUCAUGUGUGGGUGCGCAGACGUUGUCAUUGCCGGUGGGUGUGAAUCCAUGUCGAACGUGCCUUACUACGCCCCCGCGGCAAGAAACGGUGCACGGUUUGGUGACGCGACGCUCGUGGACGGGAUUCAAAGAGACGGGUUGAACGACGCCUACGACGGGUUGGCCAUGGGUGUCCAUGGGGAGAAGUGUGCCCGCGACUGGGAUAUCACGCGUGAGGAUCAGGACGAGUUCGCCAUCGAGUCGUACCAGAGGGCACAGGCUGCCGAGAACGCUGGGAAGUUUAAGACCGAGAUCGUGCCAGUGACCAUCAAGGGUACCAGGGGUAAGACGGACACCAUCGUCGACAAGGACGAAGAGCCCUUCCGUUUGAACGCGGAAAGACUGAGAUCCGCCAGAACCGUCUUCCAGAAGGACAACGGGACGUUGACCGCCGCGAACUCCUCCCCAAUCAACGACGGUGCCGCUGUGCUGAUUUUGGUCUCAGAGGCGAAAUUGAAGGAACACAACUUGACACCUUUGGCCCGCAUCAGAGGCUGGGGUGAGGCUGCUCACCAUCCAGCGGACUUCACAUGGGCACCAAGUCUGGCUGUCCCCAAGGCUUUGAAACACGCUGGGUUGAGCAGUGUCGACGAUGUUGACUUCUACGAGUUCAACGAAGCCUUCUCCGUCGUUGGUGUGGCAAACCCAAAGAUCUUGAAGUUGAACAAGGACAAAGUUAACGUUUAUGGUGGUGCCGUGGCCCUUGGCCAUCCGCUAGGUUGUUCCGGUGCAAGAAUUAUCGUUACAUUGUUGUCCGUUCUGACUCAAGAGAAGGGUAAGCUUGGUGUCGCUGCUAUCUGUAACGGUGGUGGUGGUGCAUCCUCCAUCGUUAUCGAGAAAUUGUAA